CAUUUGCCAAAUCUGUUUCACCAGUAUGUUAUUAUUACAGAGAAAACUGAUCCUAGACCAGCAGUUAUGGGCAGAUUUUCCCUCUGAAUCAAUCAGAAGCAGCAGCAGUGUCUGUCUCUGUCACUUCUUCCAUCUGAUCAUGACUGUAAGGUUUCGCUCCUCUGUUCCUGUUAGGUCACUGAUGGUCAGUGAUGUCUCUGCUGGUGUUCUCCGUGCCUCUGCUCCUGGUUGUGGCCGUGAUGAAGGCUCUUUCCCGCUCACCGCUGUCGGCCCUGUGCCGUCAGGUGUAUACUGGCAUACUGAAGCUUUCGCACAGGAAGGUCUGUGUCAGCUCCACUCACGCCUUUGUCUUCUCCAACUGCACCCACGGACAGGCUCAGAGUGUUCUGCUGACCUUUGACCUGUAUUCCACCACACACGCCUCCUCCAACAUCGGCCCUCAGAAAGGAGCGUUUCUGGAUGAGAUUGUGGCGCGUGAAGCUCCGCUGAGGGUCUUGGAGUUGGGGACACACUGUGGCUACGCUUCAGUCAGGAUUCUGCGUCUGCUCCAUCCGUCUGGAAAACUGCUGACUGUAGAGCUGGAUCCUCUGACAGCAGAUCGAGGGGAGGAGAUCAUACUAGUGGCAGGCUUCAAAAACCAGCAGUUUCAGGUGCUGACAUGCUCCUCGGCUGAGGCCAUCUCUUCUUUACGCUCUCACACUGGGAAUGAUGGUCUGGAUCUGGUUCUAAUGGAUCAUGACCCUGAGCUUUACCUUCAAGACCUGCUGGCCUUACAGAGAGGGAAUCUGCUCUCUACCUCCUGUGUUGUGUUGAUCAACAGAGCUCUGACGCCUGGAGCUCGAGACCUUCUGGAGCACGUGACAGCCAGACCGCAGAGCUUCAGCGUGGGCAGACAACUCCAUGGACUGAUGGAGAUACGCUGCCAUACAGGAAUGAGUCCUAAACCCCAGAACUGAGUUCGCAUUAUAGCACCUCUGGUUUCAUCGACACAAAGUCAGUGGGUUUUUGGUUAAAUCCCAUUUUGGUUAAAUGUGUGGUUAACACAAGUUCAAGAUAUUUUCAGGUUUUAAUCUACGUUAAACAUGUCAAACAGGAAAACUCUACUCAUUUACUUUUAUAUGCUUGUUUAAUUUUGUCUUCUGAUAUGAUCUUGCAGUUGUCUUUACUUUAUUAGUAUGGUGUUUACUGAGGUUAGUCUUUUAAUAUCACUGUCUUCGUACAUUAAGCCACGUUAAGAGCUUUUCCAUGUAAAGUGUUUUAGAAA